GGAAGCAUCCAGCACAGGAGGAAGAUACAUAAGGACCCAGAAGAAGGAAGGGACUAGAGUGACUGGCUCACGAUGAAUACAGUCUGAAUCAAGACUGGCAGCAAACAUGAUAUGAACCAUGUUACACAGCCCUCUUAAAGUGACAUUUUCUACCUUGUCAUAUUUUAGACUGGCAUUUAGUUUUUAUUGCUGUAGAAGACUGGAAAAGAGAGAACCUCUUUGUUUCUAUAACACAAGAAGUUGUCAUAUCUUUGGACCUUGAUGGUUCAAGUGGAAGUUAAUAGUAUUAGGAUUAAAUUCUUAGAUACCUGAAAGGCAGAGGAAAAACUCUGCUCAUAGUAAGGCCAUUUAUAACAGAAAGAGAAACUUUGAUGAUGCCAACCAACACUCACAUGUAAAGGAAACGUGAUGAGAAUGCUGAUCACCACACACUCACUGCCUCUGCUUCUAUUGCUGCUGCAGCUGCUGCAGCCACUGCAGUUUCAAGAGGCAUAUUAUGAAGAUUUUUAUUUACCAGCAUAUAGAGAUAAAGAAGACUUUGAAGACUUUAUGGUGGAAUUUCAGAGUACAGGGCCUACCAGACCACCUACCAAAGAAAAAGUCAAAAGACGUAUCCUUGUUAAUCCUGGAAUGCCAUUAGGUGAUAGUGGCUACUGUAAUUAUCAAAUAAUGAGAAAAAAUGUUUACUACAAAUACAGUUGUGUGACAGAACAUUACUUCCUUCUUAUGCAAUAUGACGAGCUGCAAAAAACCUGUUACAACAGAUUUGUGCCAUGUAAGAAUGGGAUUAGGAAAUGUAACAUGAGCAAGAAACUAGUAGAAGGAGUGUAUUGUAAUUUAACCAAAGCAUCUAACAUACCAAUGUGUCAAUACAACUCAUUUUAUAGGAGGGGAUAUGUUCUUAUCACUUGUACAUGGCAAAAUGAAAUGCAAAAACUUAUUCCUUAUACUAUAAAUGAUCUCGUGGAGCCACCUGAGCACAGAAGUUUCCUUAAUGAGGAUGGUGUCUUUGUCGUACCACCCUAGUACAGUGUUCUCUGAGAGCUUACGGUGGGAGGAUAUAAUCCUCUCCAUAAUGAUCCUUUUAGAUCAAAGUCGAGAAUGGCAGUUUUGCUUCCAUUCACUUUAAUCACCCACCUUCCUUUCUUCCUUUCCCAACGCCUCACAAAGUCACCAUAGGCGAGGUUCACAGACAGUGCUCUGAGAUGUGAUCCCAUGCAGGUCCCACAAGUUAGCAUGCCUUGAAUGUGUUAUGGAUACAAAUGCCUGCAGUGGAAGGAUGUCCAGCACCAAGAGGAACAGAAAAUGGU